GGAGCAGUGCGUCACCGCGACCCAGCAGAGUCAGGAUCCCCCGACAGAGAGUCCUGUAUCUCAAAACAACGACGAAAAUAGCUCUAUAAGAGAACACGUCUGCCUUUUAUAUAAUCUUAUUCUCCAAGUUUAUUAUUUUUUACGCAUGACUCUCAGAUCGUUCUAUUUUGGAUGUAACUUUUUCCUUGAAGUAGCAGCUGCUGCUUUUUUUACUUUGUUAAUUCUCAUCCCCGUUGUUUCUUUGCGUUGAUACAACGAGAGAGGAUCCAGAGCAACAGCUGGGGACUAUAUAAACUCCGCUAUAUGGAUGCGGAAUAGCUGCUGUCUGCAGCUGUUACCAGAGUUUGAUCUCAGACGUUGAUCUUUGCGCAAAGAGGAAAAUGAAAUCAGCCGAAGAGGAUGCAUAUGGCUACACGCCAAAUGUGAGUCUCUCCCUCCCACUGGGCAGCCCUUGUCUUCCCUCCCAGUACCACAGCCUUCAAACCAGCCCGGUCAUAUCUGUCUCUGUGUCGGAGCCUCACAGUUACGACACCCAGGAAGACAUGAGAGCAGUCGGCUACUAUUCAACCUCGAGCGUCAGACCAAACGGAGCACCGACCCUGGAGAGCCCUCGAAUUGAGAUCACGGCCUACGGUCAGUUUCCUGAGGAUGAAGUAGAGGAAAGCAGCCUUCCUGUUGCCAAGCGGGUCAACUCCAUAGUUACGCUGACCCUCCCAAAUGCUGACGGUUACCGAGAUCCCAGCUGCCUGAGUCCAGCCAGCAGCAUCUCAUCUCGCAGCUGCCACUCCGAGGCCUCCUCCUAUGAGUCAAGCUACUCAUACAACUACGACAACUCGCCCCAGAACUCCCCCUGGCAGUCACCCUCGGUGUCCCCAAGGGGCUCCACUCUCGCCCUGCCAGGUGAGGGCUGCACUUCUGCCGGCUCCCCUCGCCACUCACCCUCCACGUCCCCUCGCACAAGCGUGACAGAUGAUACCUGGUUGGGUCAGCGUGGGUCAAGACCAAACUCCCCUUGUGGGGCAAAAAGGAAGUACAGCUACAACGGCAGCGGCGGGUUGCAAAAGCACUUCCCAUACUCGCCCAACCACUCGCCAGGACUGUCCCCGCAUACCUCCCCUCGCCUCAGCAUCACAGAGGAGACCUGGCUGCCUAACACCAACCAGUACACCAACUCGGCCAUCUUGGCGGCAAUCAAUGCCUUGACCACAGAUGGAGGGGCUGACAUCGGGGAGGGGAUUCCCAUUAAGGCCAGGAAAACCAGCCAGGAUAACAUCCCCACGGUCAAUCUAAAGUUGGAGCCCGGUGGUGAGGAGCUGAGUCCAGGGGAGCUCUGUCUGGAUGACCACCCUGCAAACCGCCUGCCAUUGAAGAAGGAGGGAUUCUGUGGCGGGUUUCUGGAUGUUCCACAACACCCGUACUCCUGGUCCAAGCCAAAGCAAUAUGUCAGCCCAUCCCUGCCAGCCCUCGACUGGCAGCUGCCGUCCAGCUCAGGGCCGUACAGACUGCAGAUCGAUGUGCAGCCCAAGUCCCACCACAGAGCCCACUAUGAGACGGAGGGCAGUAGGGGAGCGGUGAAGGCACUGGCAGGAGGACAUCCAAUCAUUCAGCUCCACGGCUACAUGGAAAACGAGCCUCUGACCCUACAGCUGUUCAUCGGCACAGCGGACGACAGGCUGCUGAGGCCCCAUGCCUUUUACCAGGUCCACCGAAUCACCGGGAAAACUGUGUCCACGCCAAGCCACGAGGCCCUGCACAACAACACCAAAGUCCUGGAGAUCCCACUGCUGCCUGAGAACAACAUGCGGGCUAUAAUCGACUGCGCGGGGAUCCUGAAGUUGCGCAACUCUGACAUUGAGCUGAGGAAAGGGGAGACUGACAUUGGGCGCAAGAACACACGCGUGAGGAUGGUUUUCAGAGUCCACAUCAACCAGCCUACCGGGAGAAUGGUGUCUUUGCAGGCUUCAUCCAACCCUAUUGAGUGCUCCCAGAGAUCGGCCCAGGAGCUGCCACUGGUGGAUAAGCAGAGUUUGGAGACGUGUCCCGCCUCCGGGGGGGAGAGGAUGCGCCUCGAUGGACACAACUUCCAGCACGACUCCAAGGUGGUGUUUGUGGAGAAGGCUCAAGACGGUCAUCAUCUCUGGGAGACCGAAGCCAAGGUGGACAGAGACGCCUCUAAGACGAAUUCCUUACUCGUUGAAGUCCCUCCCUAUCGAAACCAAAGACUCUCCACGCCGGUCCACGUGAACUUCUACGUCUGCAACGGCAAGAGGAAAAGAAGCCAAUACCAGCGCUUCACCUUUGUCCCUGCUAAUGUUCCGACAAUAAAGACGGAGCCACAUGACGACUUUGACGCCCCUCUUGUGUGUGGCCAGCACACUCCCGGCCUCUCCUUGCUCCCAAAGCCAUAUUUCCCCCCUCAGGUCAUGACCCCGAUAAUGACCUCUGACCCCAGACCUUGUGUGGUGGGCGGAGCUUACUCUAUCAGCCAGCAAAGACUGGCAGCCAAGCCCUCUCCGCUGCCCACUUCAUCCUCACCGAGCACCAGCCCCAAACUGCACGACCUGUCACCGUCGCCUUUCACCAAGUGCCUCCCCGCGGCCCCGGUGGUCCAACCGUCCACAAUCCCGCACGUCUCCAUCAUCCAGGAGACACCUGGGCGCUUCCAGCCACCUAGCCUUUACCCACCCAGCAGCUCCUCCUCUUGUUCCUCCCCGACCUCUCAGCCCUCCACCCCGACCGACGCUCCUUUCUCCCCAGCUCUCAGCAUGACAGCAACCCCGUCGGUCAGCGGCAACACUAGCCCAGGAGGUCAGCAGCACUCUAAGGUGUCAGAGAGCGGGAGGGACGGCCUUCAGGAGGACGGAAGCAGCCCACCUGCGGUAGCUGUCAGCAUCAAACAAGAACCGCAGGAGCUGGACCAGGUGUACCUAGACGAUGUCAAUGAGAUCAUCAGGAACGACCUCUCCAGCAUCUCCGUCCAUAGCCAUGCGUAGCUUCCUGUCACGACCGAACCUGUCGCAGGAAACAAGCAAAAAGGGAAACACCAGACAAAAUGGACAUAAUGCUUUUCAUGCUUGGACUACAGCAUGCAGGAAGCAGCAACAGGAAAUGCAACAAGAACAAAAUGUAAAUGUAUUGUCCAGAUGACCAGGGUCCAACACGUGCCUUGUUUUUCUUAUAAAACGCCUUUACAUGGAAAUACUACGAGGAUUAAAUCACAUGACUGACUUUUUAAAGAUAUGUAAAUUAAAUAUGUAGCAACCAAACCUGCCGUCCCAAACCCUGACAGCCAAGUAUGCUUUUAGAGGACCAAACAUUGUUUUGUAUGUCAGUUUGUAAAUGAUUCAGUGCCUUUGAGUUAUGUCAUUUGUAUAUACAGUACCUGUAGUGCUUCAGUUUGCAUAUCUGGCUUUACAGAGGGACAAUUUGAAGAGAAGUGCCUUUUUUAACUGGAAGAAAAUGUAGCCUUUGUUUGGCUUCAAAUGUUCAGCGACAGAAUUAUAUAUAAAAGAUUUUUGACGUGAGAAAAUGUCACUUUUUUGUGUUUCCAACUGGCUUUGUUCAGAGAAAUGUCACGCAAAGUAACAGCAGCACAAAUACAUCUGUUUAAGUCUGAAAACUGUCAGUUUUACAGUUAGCUUAACGAGCUUAAAGCUGCUGUUGGUAGAAAUGGUGUAAAAAACAUUUCUUUUUUUUCUGCUGGGUUUGGAGAAAAGGUCAUAAUGCCCAUCGGUACUCAUCGGUAAGUGGAGUAAUUUGAGACUAUUGCGAAAUCUCUGCGUUUUCCAAUGCCUUUCUAUCAAACAAUGUUAUUAUUCCCCUCGUUCCCGUUAUGACGGGCCAAUCAUAGCUAAUCUCCAAUCCUCUGUCCUGAUUGGUUAAGGAAUGGCCCCUACUACAUCCUCCGAUUGGUUAUGAAUCCGGCACUAUCAUGACUGCACACGUCGAUCUGUGUUGGGGGGCUAAGAGGAAAUCUGGUUGGGAGGGAUAGUGUUGACAUUUAAAGUCCCUCUCUCUGAACAGAUUUUUACUCUGUGACUACCAACAGCAGCUUUAAGUUAGCUAGCAUUAGUGGAAAAAAUCUUGAAGUCAUACUCCACAAACUAUCCAUCAAUCUUUAUUUACAUCAGGCCCAUUAACAUCAGAAAUAGUUCAUUAAAAAAUGUAAAGUAAUCAGAAAAAUCAAGUCUAAAUUAUACUUUUUGAAGUAUUAUUACCUAGGGAUGUUCCAAAGCAACACAUUUUCUGCUUCUUUAAACAGAAAUUUAAAUUCUAACUACCUGGCUAGCUUUAAGGUAAGAAAACUCAGCAGUCAAAAUUCAGCAUUAUUUAUUUAACAUGGCAAAACACAGAACCACAGAAUACUCGGGUUAACAAUUUCAGAUUGGUUUACAGAAUGUGUCUAAGGUUAGCAGAGCUAGCACCACCAGCCUUCUGUCUACAUGCAUGUGCUGGUUACACAUUGCUCCGGUCGACUUGUUAUAUGCCAGCUUAAUCAGCAUACAAUUAUAUCUCCAUGUCCAAUCAAAAUACUGCCAAACUGCACCACGCUACCAAAUGCCAUCUGUGUUUGUUUACAUCCCGGUAGAAGAGUAUUAUAUGACAGUAGUCAUUAAUUGGAGCAACAGCCCUGGAUAGUGGCGGGUGGCUGCACUAAAGCUCAGACACAAGAUGUGGCCGGCAUUUUGGGCCUACAAUAAUGAAAAUAUUAAUAAAGUGUUUAACUGACUGGCAUCAGUGAUGACAUUUAAAACAAACUGAACCCACAUGACCAAGCACUUAGCAACAAGACAAUGUCCCAUUAGCAGGCAGACGUCAGAAGUAGAGACGGACACACAGGUUGAGCACCACCUGCCUCAACAGUUAAAGCGGUAGUGUUAUUGCCUGUGAGUUCAACCUUUGAUUUGUACAAGACGGGGCGCUAUUUCAUUUUUUAAAAGUCCUGUAGUCUCAACUUUAAUUAUAUUUGGUUGGCAUUUUUAUGGACCUGGAAAAAACUAGUUGAAUUUCAUACAUUUUUUCAUUCCACCACCAACGAUGAGCACUUAUCCACUAAACCUGUGGUAUCCCUUGAAGCUGUUGGAUAAAGACAAGAAGCUAACAGUGCCAGAUGGUUUGUUACCCAAACCUUAUGUAAAGUUCAUGUAUUUUUUAUGCACUCUAACAGUUUAUAAAAACAUGUAGUAAAAUUGAUGGGUCAUUUAGUGUCUCUUUUAAACUUUAAAAAAGUCUAUCUGUGUAAAUUGCGCACAGAUUGAAACUGAACUGAACUUUGGAGACGACAGCUGGCUACAGUUUUCGGGAAUUAUAGCUUGAUUUGUAUCAAAGAAGUGAACAUCUCAGUUUUAACGAAGCUUGACUUUUCCCUGGAUGCUAUGCAACAUGCAGUUAGCAUUAGCCUCUCAAAGAAUGUAAACAAUCACCAAUGCAAAUGAGAAGGUCUCUCAUCCAAAGAACAGCAGUGAACAGCAAUACAAAUAUAUAUAUAAGUUCUUUAAGGUGUUUUUUUUUGUAUUUUCAUAUUUAUUCUCUUAGCAUGUGCUCUGUUUAUUCAUGUUUAUCAUAAAACUUAUUCUACAUGCUUACCUACAUACUGUGGUUUAUCUACUCCUUCGUUUAUUAUAGCAAACUGAACGGGCUUACACACUUGUUCCCAUUUUUAUUAUGUAUUUAUGAGUCUUAAUCCGUGUAACUGAAGGGCCUGAAAAAAGCCAUAUUGAAAUGUUUACUGAGGAGAUUAUUGUUAGUCUACAGCUCAUAAUUCUGCUUUGUGACCUUUUUUGUGUGUUUGUCAAUAAAUAAGCCUUCAUCUCUGUCA